AUGUCCAUCAACCUUGAUGUGGACAUGGAAGAUGCCCCGCCGGGUGGGCCUCGCGAGUUUACAGUUCCAGAUCCCCCACAGAAACCCGGUUUCAUACAUGGAGUCGACAACGUCCAUUGGUCUCAAUCUUCCAGAAGAUUAGCCGCGCAGCUCAAUCAUGACAAGACUGGGUUUGAUGUCAAGCUCUAUGAUCCCUCAGAUCCUACUGCGCGUGGGCUUGAUCCUAGCAUAUCUCCAUGGUAUAGACUUGGACCUCCUAGCAAUAUUCCCGACUACCCUCCCCUGCUCGAGAAGUACAGUGUACAGAUGUUAGAGGCUGCUGGAUUUCUUAACCACGAUACUGGUUUCGACAUCGCCAAGAUCAAUGGACGCCUAGCAUUCGCACCCUGGAGAAACUAUCACCGGGAUCCUGACCUUCAAAUAAGGAUUCAUCCGGUGCUGAGACGAGACAAAUGGCUCGGUAUCACAGACUACCAGUACUCCCUCAUGCUCCCAUCUCUACUAUUAGCAUCGGCCAUUUUGGACGACCCGAUUACAUUGAACUACUUCUGUGCUCUUUCCAGACCGUCUGCCGAUAUGAAGACCGUAAAACAUGUGUCCGCUGGUCUAACGGCUGAUUGUAAAAUAAUGGAAAUACCAGCCACAUUGAGUUAUAAUGAUCAGCAAGAAACAUAUAAUAAAUUCAUUCUCAUGACGACUUACCUGGAGAGUUGGUCGUUUGAAGAUGUGGCCGGUCCAAUUUUCGGUCUCACUGGGAGAACCCUAGGCGUGUUUGGCCAGCCCGAACGUGCGUCGAAAUUGUGA